AUGCACAUUUUUGUCCUAACUGAUGGUUGUAACAUUGUACAGAUUAAGGAUAUGGCUUUGAAAGUUUCUGGUAAUAAACAAGGGAAGCCACCCAUAAGUCCAAUCGGUUUUAAGAAAGCACAUCGGCCUCCAUACCCAGAUUAUGAUACAAUCUCAGAAGAAGUUCCAUAUCCAUACAUGCAGCCAGGGAGCUCGAAUUCCACUCCAGCUUGGGACUUCACGAGAAGUGGUGCUCCUCAUUCUGCCGCUCGACAUGACUCCAGAUUCAGCGGGGCAUUUGGUGGUGACAGGCCUUCUGCUGGACGAAUCUCUAUCUCUGCACAAUCUGGGGAAGUGUUGCUUGAAGACGAUGACGAGCCUAAAGAGUGGAUGGCUCAGGUGGAGCCUGGGGUUCAAAUCACUUUUGUGUCACUUCCUAAUGGCGGGAAUGAUCUGAAGAGAAUACGCUUCAGCCGUGAAAUGUUCAACAAAAUGCAAGCUCAAUGUUGGUGGGGAGAGAACUACGAUCGAAUCAUGGAGCUCUAUAAUGUCCAGAGAUUCAAUCGGCAAGCCCUUAACACUCCCUCAAGAUCAGAGGAUGGGAGGGAUUCUUCUUACUCAAGGCUUGGAUCUGCUAGGGAAAGUCCAAUGAUGACUCCAGCAGUUAGAAACUAUUACAAACCUUCUGGAAGUAAAGGUUAUUUUCCUUCUGACCAUUUAGAUCAUGGCAACUAUAUGGCUGGGUCAAAUGCAUAUCCCCCUGGCAGUCAAAUGGACGCAUCUAGGACGACUACUUCAUCCAGGGACGAGGCUUCUGCUUCAAUUAGUAAUGCUAGUGACAUGGAGUCUGAAUGGAUAGAACAAGAUGAGCCUGGGGUAUACAUAACAAUUAGACAAUUGGCUGAUGGAACCAGGGAACUUAGGCGUGUGAGAUUCAGCCGCGAGAAGUUUGGGGAAGUCCAUGCAAAACUCUGGUGGGAAGCUAACAGGGAUAGGAUACAAGCUCAAUAUCUUUAG